AUGGUAAUGUUGCUGAGGUUGUUGCUUUCAGUGGAAGAGGCUAGGUUAUGGGAUGUUGUCACCUUGGAUUGCUUAGACGUCGAUGCUUGGACCGCACUUAUUGAAGAGACAGAGAGUAUUGUUGAGAGCGACAUAUUAAAAAUACGGAAAGUGUAUGAUGCAUUCCGUGCGGAGUUCCCUCUGUGCUUUGGCUAUUGGAAGAAAUAUGUAGAUCAUGAAGGCCGUCUAGAUGGUGUCAAUAAAGUUUUUGAGGUGUAUGAACGGGCAGUUCUUGCAGUUACUUAUUCAGUGUACAUAUGGUGUAAUUAUUGUCAGUUUGCGAUCUCAACAUACAAUGACCCAGAUGUCAUCAGAAUACUGUUUAAUCUGGGUUUGGCAUAUGUUGGAACAGAUUAUGGUUCCAAUACUUUGUGGGAUGAGUACAUCAAGAAUGAAGAAUCACUUCAAGCAUGGAGUCAUCUAGCUGUGGUAUACACAAGAAUACUAGAGCACCCUAUAAAACAGCUUGAUCGGUACUUUAAUUGGCAUCCCAAAAUUUCGCUCGAGAUGACUCAUUUAUUCCACUGAAAAACACUCGCUCUAAACAACAUCACCAUGAAAUUAUUUGAUCUGGAAAGUGUUGUGUGUUGUGUCGGCUCUGAUUCAGUUGCAAUUGAGUUUGUGUUGUUAUCGCGGAAGAAUAUUGUUCUCACUUAUGGUGACUAGAUUAGUGAAAUUAAGAUCAAUGACUAGCAAUUUAUGCUAACUGACUGCUUACUUUGGGGAGUGUGGAUGACUGUCAUUUUCUAUGUGGUUACUCUAUGUAAUCACUAUAGAGUUUUUUCCUUUCAACCAGUACAAGGCUAUGUGGAGAAAGUAUGUAGAAAUUCAAAUGGAAUUCCUGACACUAUGUAAGUUUGGUUUCCCAAGUAAUUGAAGAAAUGCUCCAAGAAUAAGGCCACCAUCAAUAUAUUUGUUCUUUUAUGGGCAAAAGAGUAUGCACGUGCAUUAUCACUUUUUAUUUGUUGAGAAGUUUCUUACCUUUGUGUUGGUCAAUUAUUUUUACGUAGAAUUUGCUAAUAUAGUUUAAGCUAAGAUGCAUUAGAUCAUUGUAGUAUAGUCGAAUGGGAUGUUCUAGAUGAACAUUUGUGUACUAUUUGUGGCGAACAUAUCUCCAAUUGUAUUAUUGGAAAUUAAGGAAAA